AGGAAGAUUUAUCAAUAGCUAAGACACCGCUGUCACAAACUACUAAUAUAAUGUUGUCCAAAAUAGUAUUUCUAGCAGUACUGCUAGUUGGUGUAAACUGUCGAUACAUUUUACUAACAGAAGAUGAACUUUCAAAUAUGAAUGAUGUGGUGCCCGUUACGGACAGGACGAGGGUUAAAAGAGCCGAAGGUAGAAUUACCGCUGAUAAUAAAGGUACAGUUGGUUUAAGUGCUAAGCUCCCAAUAGCUCAUAAUGAUAAAAAUAUCUUAAGUGCGAUUGGAAGUACGUCUCCUAACGGACAAAGUUAUGGAUUGGCUUUGGAUAAUAUAAAAGGUCAUUCUCUUAGCCUGUCAGAAUCACGUAUUCCAGACUUUGGCAAGCAGCAGACAUUAGCGGGAAAUUUAAAUUUGAUGAACACGGAUAAGCAUAAUUUGAAUGCUAACGCCUUUGUUACUAGAAACAUUCCGAAAUUUCCCGAAGUACCUAAUUUUAAUACUGUUGGAGGGGGAGUUGAUUAUAUGUUCAAUAAGAAGGUAGGCGCCAGUUUAGACGUGGCUCACACACCCUUCCUUCAGCGGACGGAUGUUAAUGCGUUGGGCAAACUGAAUCUCUAUCAAAAUCCUACUACAUCAUUAGACUUCGGUGCUGGUGCUUCUAGAUCAUUCUCUCCUCAUAUACCUAGUAGUUCUUGGGAACCAAAUUUCCGUUUCUCAUUAUCAAAAUACUUUUAAAUGAACCACUAUAUAUGUGAUUGGGAAUAUUUUAUUUUUGUAAUUAUGUAUCUCAUUUGAGGAGUUAUAAUAAAAUAAAUAUCCUAAUAA